AUGUCGGCGGGCCGAUGGCAAGGGAAAGUAAACAAUCCGACCGGACAACCAGCAGGGAUACUCGAGCUCCAGAAUUGCUUUCAUCGCUUCCCACCUGCUAUUACCCAACACACAAGGGCCCUCGAGUCCUCCGUUAGAUUGCGCACGACCACCUUCACAAAGCUCGAAUUAGCUACGAAGAAAAACAUAUGCGCCAAGAAGAAAGACACGAAUACAGGGCAGGUGGAAUUGGCUCAAACGCCGGACUACGAUGGGCCUCGAGCCCAGUUCACUGCCCCUUAUUUGAAAAGAAUCAGCAGUGCGGCUAGCUACGCCAACGCCACAAGCCUUACAACAUCAGAAGAUCGCUCUCGACAAUCCCGACGUCAGUGCCCCAACCAGCUCGCUCCAACCUCCAGCCGGGAACGAUCCCCGAGAUGGACAGAACCUCAGACGCGAGCUUCAAGGGCAAGACACCGUCUACCGGCACCGGUGCCUCCUCCUCAGCACAGCUCGCUUUCAGCAAGUGCCCAGCCACACUAUGCUGCCGCCGUGCAACGGCCACGGAAGCUGCGCUCCCAGUACCCCCGCGGGAGCACCGAGAAUCAUGUCGAGUACAUCCUGGUGGCAUCCUUCGACAUUGAUCGUGGGCCGGUCAUGGAACACCAAUACCCAGUCUCCAUCACCGGCGAUGAACAUAUGCUUGCCGAACUCAUGCUUCCGGACCAGGCCCAUGUCCGUAACCAGGACUGGACCAUAUUUUUUCUGCAUAAAGAUACUAGCCACGAAGAGGACGAGGCGGAACGACAGGCCAAAGAGGAGAGGAGAGCUCGGCGGAUCAGGAGGCGUGACCGAGCCAAGGGCAUAAUACACGAGUCUGAUGAAGAAGACGAGGAAGAAGGCGAUUUGGAUGACCUGGAUGACGACGACUGGGAUGACGACGAGUCGACAGAUGAAGAACAAGACGGUUUUGAGGGCCCUCCGUUGGUUUACGUUCUCAAUCUCGUCAACACAAAACAGGACAAAACGGUUAAACGAGGUGCAGUGGUCAAGGCAAUGGCCAUCUGCACCCGGCAUCCUUUUUUACACAUCUAUAAGCCUCUAUUACUACUGGCCUUGGAAGAAUACUUCAAAGCACCCGUGCCUGAAACCCUGGCAAUGCUCUACAACGCAGUGAACGAGAUGGAUUUAUCAUUGAUGCCAAAGCUGACCUGGCUUGAAAGACACCUCCUUCAAUCAAGCGAGAACAAGGAUUUGUUCGUCGAAAAGUUUGAGCAGAUGAUCCAGGCACGUAUUUCCGGGAGAUCUGGCGUCGAUGUCGGCCAGCCGCUCGACGCCAGCAACGCUCCCCCUGCCCCACAGCCCACCGUCUUUCGGUCAGGAUCCAAGGCGCACAUUGAGGGACAUGCUGCCUACGUGGUUCCCCGGGACACACACGAAUUCGAGAGCAAAGUCAUGUACAAGGGCAUUCCCAUCCCCAUCAAGGUUCCCGUGGCUGUUAUGCCUGAGAUUGUGGGGGAUUUCUCCCUGAUCAAACUAAUCCAAAACUUCUCCGACUCACACUCCAAGUCACCGCAGACCUUCUCCCUGCAUCCUCAUCUUACAACCAACGGACCCACCACACAUCCGAUUAUUGUGCUUAUCAACGCCCUCUUGACACAGAAGCGGGUCAUCUUCCUCGGACACAACAUGCCGUCCGGGGAGGUCGCCGAGGCCGUUCUCGCCGCCUGCGCGCUCGCUUCGGGUGGUAUCCUGAGGGGGUUUACCCGGUACGCCUUCCCGUACACAGAUCUCACCAAGGUGGACGACCUUCUGAAGGUGCCUGGGUUCAUCGCCGGCGUGACAAAUCCCACUUUUGAGCACCACCCGGAGUGGUGGGACCUGCUCUGCGACCUGCCCAGCGGCAAGAUGAAGAUUAGUAGCAAGAUCGAGCCCGCCCCUAUUACGGAGGGUCUGGUCUAUUUCCAGCAACAGAACCCAGCCUACGCAAACCUGAUCCACAACUCGUCAAGCAGCGGGUCGGCGUCGAACGACCUGACAGGCGACGCCGCCUUUAUGGCUGGCAUCCUGCAAAGCAUCACGUCGAGGGCAGGCGAGCGGGUGAUCCGAGCCAAGUGGAGGUCAUGGGUGCUCAAGUUCACCCGCAUAGCCUCUGCCUUUGAAGAGAGCGUGUACGGCGCCAGCGCCCUCUACAUAGGCAACGAGGAGCAGGAUGCCAACCCGUCGGCCGCCCAUGGGCACGGGUAUGUGUGGGUGGACGAGGCAACGAAGGCGAAAGAACUAGCUGGGAACGUGACGCGGAUAGAAGGGUGGCGUAACACGAGGAGCUAUUACAGUUUUAUCCAGGACAUGGCGCACCUCUCCACCAUCCGGCCGCUCAAGGGCCUGGACCUCGCGCACCUGCACGACCGGCUGCGCACGCAGCGGCUCACACCCAUGCAGAGCAAGGAGAUCUACGACACGCUGGCCAAGCACGUGCAUUCCUACGACGAGAUCUGCAUGCUGCUGAGCGUCGCCCCGGAGUCGCACACGGGCUUGUUCUAUGUCGCCCUAGGCCUGUUCCACAAGGACCGCGACGUGCGCCAUAGGACGGCGGCGCUGCUCGAGCGUGUGGCGGAGCAUGAGGCCGGGCAGCACUGGUGGCGGAUUUUGAGCCGGUUUGAGAAGCUCGCGUAUGCGAGGGUUAAGAAGGAGGUGGAGGCGGAGGCGAGGGCGGCGGGGGAGAAGGGGGAUGGGGUCGGGCUUGGGGAGGUUGAGAAGAGGGUUAGUUGA